GUCCUUUUACAGACCACAGCGGCGUCGGGAUGGGAAAGGAGUGGUUAAUCACCGAGAAUAAACUUCACAUCAGCUGCUUUACUAAGGAGUUGCGGAGGCGCUUUAGUGAAGAAAUGGAACAAUGUGUAUAAUCAUGGAAUCUCCUUGCUAACCAUCACCACCUGCUCUCCUUGAUAAAUGAGCAAGAGAUCGGGGCAGGGGGGAAGAAAAAGUCAACAUGAAGCUAAAGCAGCGAGUUGUGCUGUUAGCAAUACUCCUUGUCAUCUUUAUCUUCACCAAAGUUUUCCUGAUUGACAACUUAGAUACAUCAGCAGCCAACCGGGAGGAUCAGAGGGCUUUUCACCGAAUGAUGACUGGCUUGCGAGUAGAGCUGGCACCCAAGCUGGACCACACCUUGCAGUCUCCUUGGGAGAUUGCAGCCCAGUGGGUAGUGCCCCGGGAAGUGUACCCUGAGGAGACCCCAGAGCUGGGGGCAAUCAUGCAUGCCAUGGCCACCAAGAAAAUCAUUAAAGCUGAUGUGGGUUAUAAAGGGACGCAGCUGAAAGCCUUACUGAUCCUUGAUGGAGGACAGAAAGUUGUCUUCAAACCUAAGCGCCCAGUACCAGCGUGGUUCAUGUCUGCACCUGUGCUUCCCCUGCCCUUUGCUAGGUAUAGCCGAGACUAUGUGGUGGAAGGGGAGCCAUAUGCCGGUUAUGAUAGACACAAUGCAGAGGUAGCAGCCUUUCACUUGGACAGGAUUCUGGGUUUCCGCCGUGCUCCUUUGGUGGUUGGCAGAUUUGUUAAUCUGCGGACAGAAAUCAAGCCUGUUGCCACGGAGCAGCUGUUGAGCACCUUCCUAACUGUAGGAAACAAUACUUGUUUCUAUGGGAAGUGCUAUUACUGCCGAGAAACAGAGCCAGCGUGUGCCGACGGAGACACGAUGGAGGGGUCCGUCACGCUUUGGCUUCCAGAUGUGUGGCCCCUGCAGAAACACCGACACCCCUGGGGCAGGACCUACCGAGAAGGCAAACUGGCCAGGUGGGAGUAUGAUGAGAGCUACUGUGAUGCUGUGAAAAAAACAUCUCCAUAUGACUCAGGCCCGCGCCUCUUGGACAUCAUUGACACCUCUGUCUUUGAUUACCUGAUUGGCAAUGCUGACCGCCAUCACUAUGAGAGCUUUCAAGAUGAUGAAGGUGCUAGUAUGCUCAUCCUUCUCGAUAAUGCCAAAAGCUUUGGGAACCCCUCGCUGGAUGAGAGAAGCAUUCUUGCCCCUCUCUAUCAGUGUUGCAUAAUACGAGUUUCCACUUGGAACAGACUGAACUACCUAAAGAAUGGAGUGCUAAAGUCUGCCUUAAAAUCUGCCAUGGCUCAUGACCCCAUCUCCCCUGUGCUCUCCGAUCCUCACCUGGACGCCGUGGACCAGCGGCUGCUGAGCGUCCUGGCCACCGUGAAGCAGUGCACUGACCAGUUUGGGAUGGACACUGUGCUAGUGGAAGACAGGAUGCCUCUCUCCCACUUGUAAUUCUCAACACAAAAUAAGUGAAACUUAUUUUUACAAAGAUAGAGAAACAGCACAAUCAAUUCCAAAUGAUAUCAGAUGUCUUCAGAAGUUGCCAGCAGCAAAUUUUGGGAGUAGAGGUCAGGGUGGCCUUGGGUGUCUUUGGGGUUUUCUGUACUAGAAACUGAGGUACAGACACAUUUCAGAGCACGAGGUGUUCCUGCAGCACCACCUUCUGACGUCCUCAGUAGUGGCCCGUGUUAGCACUGGGUUUCAGCACUGGUCCGUUUCAUUCCCAUGCCAAGGGAUAAACAGAGGUGACACUUGGAUAGAUGAAGCUGCCACUGCUUUCAGACUGUUCUGAGGCGAACUUCCCAGUCCUUUCUCCACACUGGUGGAUUUUGUGGAAACACUUUACAAUUUCUUGUCUUUUUUUUUUUUUUUUAAAACCAGGACUACUCAAAUUGGAAAGCUCACUGCUGCCACAGAGUGGCUGCAAAUAAAACUUGGCAUUCUGUUGGGCCAAAAUAGAA